AUGACUCCUCCUUCUGCCUCGUUCACUUCGGUGCCGGCUCCUUCGAGCCUGGACAUGCCUGUCCCCACUAAGAGCCUCAAUGCCAACGGCGCUGCCCCUCAGCAGAACGCCGCCACUGCCGCUCUGGCUAGCUACAAGCCCCACCUCCCCAUUCAGGCUGGCAAGGAGCCUGUCGAGGACUACAAUGGCAACUACCGCUUCGCCGAGAUCCACGAGAGCUACGUCAGCAGGGCUAUGACAGCUCGCUACUUCAACGACAUGAUGCGCACCGCCACCUCGGACGUCAUCGUCGUCGGCGCCGGCAGCGCUGGCCUGACCUGCGCCUAUCGCCUCGCGAAGUCUCGCCCCGACCUCUUCGUCACCGUCGUCGAGGCAGGCGUGGCUCCCGGUGGUGGCGCCUGGCUGGGCGGCCAGCUCUUCAGCGCCAUGGUUGUGCGCAAGCCCGCCAACGGCUUCUUGGACGAGAUCGGCGUGCCCUACGAUGACGAGGGCACCUACGUCGUCAUCAAGCACGCUGCCCUCUUCACCUCAACGCUCCUCAGCAAGCUCAUUGCACUCCCCAAUGUAAAGCUGUACAACGCUACUGCUGCUGAGGACUUGAUUGUCAAGAAGGAUCCGCAGGGCGUCUCUCGCGUUUGCGGUAUCGUGUCCAACUGGACGCAGGUCACCCUCGCUCACGGUCUGCAGAGCUGCAUGGAUCCUCAGACCAUCAGCGCCCCCGUUGUGGUCAGCGCUACUGGCCACGAUGGACCCUUCGGCGCCUCGAGCGUCAAGCGUCUGGCCAACGCUGGCCUCCUCCAGAUGGGUGAGAUGGCUCCCCUCGACCAGGGUCGUAGCGAGGACCUCAUCGUGAACGGCACCAGCCAGAUCUUCCCUGGCAUCAUCUGCUGCGGAAUGGAGAUCAGCGAGGCUAAGAGCGUGCCCCGUAUGGGACCUACCUUUGGUGGUAUGUUCGCCAGUGGGCUCCGCGCUGCUAAGCUUGCGGAGGAGCUGCACGACCGUUUGGAGAUCAGGGACAACACCGUUGUUGGAGAGCGAGCCUGA